UUACAAAUCGUCGUCAUUGGUAAAUACCCAACCACUUGGCUCAUAUUGAAUUUACUAUGUCACGGAAGUAAACUUGUCAAAGAGUGAACAAUAUUGAAAUGUAUACAUUAUUAAACGGUCUUUAUAAGUACCUCAUGCAAAAAGACGAAUAUUACAUACUGAUACUGGGCUUAGACAAUGCAGGGAAGACGACUUACUUAGAGGCAGCUAAAACGAAGUUCACGAAAAACUACAAAGGCAUGAAUCCCAGCAAAAUUACUACAACAGUCGGCCUUAAUAUUGGAAAAAUUGAUCACGCGGGCGUGCGGUUAAACUUCUGGGAUCUCGGAGGACAGGAGGAACUUCAGUCUCUCUGGGAUAAGUACUACGCAGAGUCGCACGCAGUCAUUUACAUUGUUGAUUCUUCGGACAGAGACAGAAUACCAGAUUCCAAAGAGACUUUUGACAGGAUGAUAUCUUCGGAGCAUUUGAUGGGAGUACCUCUGCUGGUUCUCGCUAAUAAACAAGAUAUACCAGACUGUAUGGGAGUCAGAGAUGUGAAGCCGAUUUUCAAUCAGAAUGCCCAUCUCAUUGGAAGGAGAGAUUGCAUGGUGAUGCCGGUUUCCGCGUUAAAUGGCGACGGUGUAGACGAAGGAAUUCACUGGCUGGUCGAUUGCAUCAAAAGAAAUAACGACAUCCGUCCGCCUCGUAAUCAGGACGAUAAUUGUCUGUCGUAGCAAAUACAUUCCUGUCUUCAAUAACGGUAAAACAUAAGUUAAAUUUUAAGAAUAGAUAUUUUGUACAUUUUCCAAUACGACAAUUCGUUGUUAAUAUUAUUAUUAAUAUUGUUAUUAUUAUUUAUAUAAAUAAAUUAUUUUUAUUUCAA